UUGGACAUAUUUAUUCUAUAAACAACAUCAAACAUGGCAUUUAUUUGUGAAGUAUUGGCCUUUACUUGUGUACGUUUGUGUUCUUUUCCACUUCAGUGGACUCUAGUGUUCCGUCCUGCGAUGAGGGUAUGUACCUGCCCAGGUUCGUGCAGCCGACACCACACAACGGAGAACAUCUCCACGCCGAGGUCAACAAAGAGCUGGAGUUCAGGGUCAAGGCCGAGGCUACACACUCAACGAUUAAUGAUGUCAUUGUCAGUGGACCUCUGAACAUCACCAAUCACAUGACUACCCAGGGGGAGUUUGUCAUCCGGUGGACACCCAUCCGGGACAAUCUGGGGGAGUAUUUCCCCAUUUGCUUCAUCACUGAGGGGCUUUCUGGAUCUAGUGUCUAUCAAUCUGAGAUGAGGUGUGUUGUGGUGGAGGUCGGACGCAGAAAGGUCAAAGCCAAGGUGGUGUGUGACGAGACCAAGAUGACGGUAGAAGUGGAGAAGUCCUCUGUUACUGAAAUUCACGAGGACCACCUCCGCCUCAACGAUCCCAGUAACUCUGCCUGCGACCUGCAACGCCUCUCUAACAGCACCCACAUCAUUGGAGUCAUCCCCCUCAAUGCCUGUGGCACUCAGAUAGAGGAAGACGACGACAACCUCAUCUUCAAGAACCAAAUCACCACCUUCGACAACCCCAACGACAUCAUCACCAGGCACCACCAGGUGGAGUUUCAGUUCUACUGCCAGUACGCCAAACGUGGCAACGUGUCCCUGGGCUUCACUGCACACAGGGACAGCAUCACAGUGCUGGAGAAAGGCUUCGGCACGUUCACCUACCAGUUCGAGUUCUACCAGACCAGCCAGUUCGCCAACAUGGUGGAUCCCCGUGACUACCCGAUAGACGUGGAGGUGAAGCAGAUGAUCUACAUGGACAUCGAGGCCGUGUCCACUGUGAACAACACUGAGCUCUUCGUGGAGUCCUGCAGAGCGGCGCCGUACGACAACCCCGACUACCAUCCCACCUACCCCAUCAUAGAAAACGGGUGCAUUGUGGACGAGACGGUUCAAAUCUUCUCACCGCGUCACCAGAGGCAUUUCCAGUUCGGAAUGGAAGCUUUCAAAUUCAUCGGAAUGCAUGACCAGGUGUACAUCAGCUGUUCAGUGAUCCUGUGUGAGGCUGGGAACCCCAACACCCGGUGUGCCCAGGGCUGCGUCAACUCCACCUCCCCCCAGCCUGCUGGUCACCACCACCACCACCGCAAGAGAGAGGCCGCCAUGCAAACGGCCAAACGCCACAUCUCCCAGGGUCCUUUGCGCCUGAGAAAGAGUUCAGAGAGCUCAGUGACCAACGUGAACAUGGGGUUGAUGGUUGGAUGUAUCGUAGCAGCCGUUGCCAUGCUGUGCGGAGUGAUGCUCUACAAGUCCAAAACAUCAGGCGUUAAAUACCAGCCCCUGACAACAUUUGAGACUUAGUCCCAUGGCAGCCAUCCUUUCACAUAUAGUCUGCAUUAUAGAAAGAAGGAUGGUGGGAAAUAUUGAACAUUUGAAAAGUGGUCUCUGACUUUAACGAUGAAAUGUCUCUUGAGAUCAAUACAAGAAUACGCAUUAAUCCGUAAACGUACUUAGCGAUGACUCCGAUUAUAACAAUGUGUCUUGGCUGACCAGGUAAAAAGUUCUUAAUAGCCACUCGAGCACCAGUAGGAUUGCAGGUGUUCAUAUAUCACAGGAAGCUGCUGAGGGGAGCACAGCUUAUAAUGUCUGGAAUGGAGAGAAUUGAGUGAAUGGUAUUUGAUUCCACUCUACUCGUUUCACUCCAGCCAUUACCAUGGUCCCGUGAUCCCCAAUUAAGGUGCCACCAACCUCCAGUUGAGCAGGAGUCCAUGCGUAUAGGACAGGCUACAGUAAAUAUAUAUAUAUAAAUUUACUGUAGCCUGUCCUAUACGCAUUUGACCCAUAUAGUGCCCUCUAGUGUACAAAUUAAAUGUUAUAUACAAAGACAGAACAGCUAAAAACCACACAACAUCUGUUUGGCCCAAAUGAGGUUUGGCCCAAAUGUCUCCUACAAUUUGUUUGACCAGUUUAACUCCUGCUUCUUCUUACUGUCUGUAUUGUGAAUUGAAUAACAUUCUGCAUGAUCCAACAUGGCUGCCCUGUUACAUGUGGCCAUCAGUGGAGCAGAAGUGUUUUUAUUAAUGUCCUGCAUGAGCCAACAUGGCUGCGCUGUUACAUGUGGUCAUCAGUGGAGCAGGAUUCCUUUGAUUAACAUCCUGCAUGAGCCAACAUGGCUGCCCUGUUACAUGUGGCCAUCAGUGGAGCAGAAGUGUUUUUAUUAAUGUCCUGCAUGAUCCAACAUGGCUGCCCUGUUACAUGUGGUCAUCAGUGGAGCAGAAGUGUUUUUAUUAAUGUCCUGCAUGAGCCAACAUGGCUGCCCUGUUACAUGUGGUCAUCAGUGGAGCAGAAGUGCUUUUAUUAAUGUCCUGCAUGAGCCAACAUGGCUGCCCUGUUACAUGUGGUCAUCAGGGGAGCAGAAGUGUUUUGAUUAACAUCCUGCAUGAGCCAACAUGGCUGCCCUGUUACAUGUGGCCAUCAGUGGAGCAGAAGUGCUUUUAUUAAUGUCCUGCAUGAGCCAACAUGGCUGCCCUGUUACAUGUGGCCAUCAGUGGAGCAGAAGUGUUUUUAUUAAUGUCCUGCAUGAUCCAACAUGGCUGCCCUGUUACAUGUGGUCAUCAGUGGAGCAGAAGUGUUUUUAUUAAUGUCCUGCAUGAGCCAACAUGGCUGCCCUGUUACAUGUGGUCAUCAGUGGAGCAGAAGUGCUUUUAUUAAUGUCCUGCAUGAGCCAACAUGGCUGCCCUGUUACAUGUGGUCAUCAGUGGAGCAGAAGUGCUUUGAUUAACAUCCUGCAUGAGCCAACAUGGCUGCCCUGUUACAUGUGGUCAUCAGUGGAGCAGGAGUGCUUUGAUUAACAUCCUGCAUGAGCCAACAUGGCUGCCCUGUUACAUGUGGCCAUCAGUGGAGCAGGAGUCCUUUGAUUCACAUUCUGCUUAGGAAAUGUAGACCUAUAGGCCAAAUGCAAAUAAAUGAUUUAUAGAUGUUUUUUAAA